AUGUGUAAUGGAGAAUUCUUUAGUAAGGAACCUAAUGAAGCAUUGCCAUUUUUUUACUAUCUUGCUGAGAGUGUACAACAAUGGAACACUCAGACUAAUCGAGUUUCAUUGACAGCACAGCCACUGAGAGCUAUUGCUGGUGGGGGCAGAUAUGAGCUUAAGGAGGACACUAACGUUCAAGCCCGAAUAGCUGCAUUAACUAGAAGACUGGAGGUUAUGGAGAUGGAAAAGGUGAAGGCUGUGAAAACAGUAGAGGUAUGUUCUUUAUGUACAGAUUCAAACCACAAGACUCAAGAUUGCCUAGUCAUGCCAGUAUUUCAGCAGAGUGACUCUGAGCAAAUGCAAUUAGUAAACUGGGUUAAUAGAGCACAAAAUCAGCCUUUCUCCAAUACAUAUAAUCCAGGCUGGAGGAAUCACCCAAAUUUCUCAUGCAGGAAUGAUAAGCCUGAUCGGUCUCCGCCACCUUCUCAGCAGCCUUUUCAUCAGGCUGCCCCUCAACACCAGUAUCAGCCAUAUCAAAGUUCUCAGAACUAUCAUUUUGUAGCACCUCCAGGAUUUCAGCCUCAUGUAACUGCACAAAGUUCUCAGUCUCAAUCAUCGGGAAGAAGUUCUCUAGAUGACAGGGAGGUUUUUGAGACAGUGAAGGAUGUUCUUACUUUGAGAAGUGGAAAAGAAGUUCCCCAACCAGAGAUGACUAUGGACACACAGGUAGUUGCUCCUACACCUAAAGAUGCAACAGAGACUGAUGAAGCUGAAAAAGAACCAGAGGUAGUGAGACCAGAGCUGAAGAAGCCUGUGAGUGCAGAUGUUGAAACUAGUAGGGGGUACCAACCUGUGGUUUCCUAUCCUCAGAGAUUGGCAUCUGUCCAAAAGAACAAAUGCCACACUGAGAUUCAGGAGAUUUUCAAGCAAGUAAAGAUUAAUAUUCCACUCUUGGAUGUCAUACAACAAGUGCCUUCAUAUGCAAAAUUUUUGAAGGACUUGUGCGCAGUGAAGAGGAAGCUGAAUGUAAAGAAGAAAGCUUUCCUAACGGAGCAAGUCAGUGCAUUGAUAUUGAGCGAGACUCCUCAGAAGUUCAGAGAUCCCGGCUCUCCCAGCAUUUCCAUUAUCAUCGGUGAGUCACGCAUUGGUAGAGCUUUACUUGAUUUAGGGAGUAGUGUGAAGAUGCUACCAUUCUCAGUGUAUGAGCAGCUGGGAUUGGGUGAGCUGAAAAAGACGUCCAUCAUGUUACAGUUGGCUGACAAAUCAGUUAAGGAGUUGAAGGGUAUUGUUGAGGAUGUGCUGGUCCAGGUGGACAAAUUUUACUACCCAGUGGAUUUUGUAGUUCUUGAUAUAAGUGGAGUUCUGAAGCUUACUUUUGGGAACAUGGCACUUGAGUUGAACGUUUUCAAUGCUUGCAAGAUGCCAACACAUUUUGAUGACACAACUGACAUCAAAGGUAUUGAUGCUGUUGUUUGUACUCGCAGAAUCCAUCUUGAAGAUGAUGCUAGACCGGUUCAUGAUGCUCAACGUAGGCUCAAUCCUACCAUGAAGGAAGUUGUCAAAGUGGAAGUGCUUAAACUGUUCGCAGUGGGUAUCAUUUACCCAAUCUCAGACAGUAAGUGGCACUUGAGGAUCAGGAAAAAAUCACUUUCACCUGUCCUUUUGGCACCUUUGCUUUUACCAGAAUGCCUUUUGGUUUGUGUAAUGCUCCAGCUAAUUUUCAGAGAUGCAUGA